UUUGGAGGGCGUGUUAUGCCCACGGUGGAGCUGGAUCUCCCCUCUCUGACCCCUGCCUCGCUGGCGGAGCUUUACCUCUUAGGUGACCCAACGAGUGAAGGCUCAUCUGCCCCUCAAAGGGUUGUGAAGGAAGAGAUCUCAGACGAUAAUGCCAAGCUUCCCUGUUUCAAUGGCCGGGUGGUGUCCUGGCUCGUGUCUGCAGAGGGGUCGCAUUCAGAUGCUGGGUCAGUCUGUGCCGACAACCAGCCAGAGCUGCCACCUUCUGUGGAGCGCACUGGAGGCAUUGGAGACUCCAGGCCCCCCUCCUUCCACCCCAACACCGGAGGGAGUCGGGAGAACCUGGAUAAUGACACAGAGACGGACUCCGUGGUGUCAUCUCAGCGGGAGCGGCCGCGUCGGAAAGAUGGGACUGAGCACGCACCCCGGGUGAAUGGGACGGCAAAGGGAGAGCGGCGCCGAGACCUAGGAGGAUACGAGAGCUCCUCCACACUCAUGAGCAGCGAGCUGGAGACCACCAGCUUCUUUGACUCAGAUGAGGAUGACUCCACCAGCAGGUUUAGCAGCUCCACAGAGCAGAGCAGCGCCUCUCGCCUGAUGAGGAGGCACAAGCGACGCCGACGGAAACAGAAGACUCCGCGCAUCGAGCGGUCGUCAUCCUUCAGCAGCAUCACGGACUCCACAAUGUCUCUGAACAUCAUCACGGUCACGCUGAACAUGGAGAAGUACAACUUCCUGGGCAUCUCCAUCGUGGGGCAGAGCAACGAGCGUGGGGACGGUGGCAUCUACAUUGGCUCGAUCAUGAAGGGGGGUGCCGUGGCAGCGGAUGGCCGGAUUGAGCCUGGAGACAUGCUCUUACAGGUGAACGACAUCAACUUUGAGAACAUGAGCAAUGACGAUGCUGUACGGGUGCUGAGGGAAAUCGUACACAAGCCAGGACCAAUCACCCUGACGGUUGCCAAGUGCUGGGACCCCAGCCCCCGGGGCUGCUUCUCCUUACCCAGAAUUGCUCCCCAGCGGAUCUGGGCUGGGCCGGACUCUCCAUGCUCCGAUCCGGGUGAGCCCAUCCGACCCAUCGACCCUGCGGCCUGGGUUUCCCACACGGCGGCGAUGACCGGAACCUACCCGGCGUACGGUAUGAGCCCAUCCAUGAGCACAAUCACUUCCACCAGCUCCUCCAUCACCAGCUCCAUCCCAGAGACCGAACGCCUCGAUGACUUUCACCUGUCCAUCCACAGCGACAUGGCCACCAUUGUCAAAGCCAUGGCCUCACCUGAGUCCGGCCUGGAGGUGCGCGACCGCAUGUGGCUGAAAAUCACCAUCCCAAACGCCUUCAUCGGUUCAGAUGUGGUAGACUGGCUCUAUCACCACGUGGAAGGCUUCACUGACCGGCGAGAGUCCCGCAAGUAUGCCAGCAAUCUGCUGAAGGCCGGCUACAUCCGCCACACCGUCAACAAGAUCACCUUCUCAGAGCAGUGCUACUACAUCUUCGGGGACCUCUGUGGCAACAUGGCUAACCUCUCCCUGCAUGACCACGAUGGAUCCAGUGGAGCCUCCGACCAGGACACAUUGGCUCCUCUCCCUCACCCAGGAGCUGCACCGUGGCCCAUGGCUUUCCCAUACCAAUAUCCACCGCCUCAUCCAUACAACCCACACCCAGGAUUCCCUGACCCAGGCUACAGCUAUGGAGGGGGCAGUGCAGGCAGCCAACACAGUGAAGGAAGCCGAAGCAGCGGAUCGAACCGCAGUGGCAGCGAGAGGAGGAAGGAGAGAGACCCAAAGACCGGCGAGUCCAAGUCAGGUGGCAGUGGCAGCGAGUCGGAUCACACUACUCGGAGUAGCAUGAGGCGGGAGCGGGCAGCCAGCGAGCGCUCGGUGCCUGCCAGCCAGCACAGCCAGCGCAGCCAGCACUCCCUGGCUCACAGCCUCCGCAGUCACCACAGCCAGCAGUCAUAUGGGCCACCAGGCCUGCCUCCCCUCUACAGCCCGCCUAUGCUGCUGAUGCCUCCGCCGCCUUCAGCCAUGGGGCCCCCGGGCGCCCCUCCGGGCCGUGACCUGGCCUCUGUGCCCCCAGAACUGACGGCCAGUAGACAGUCGUUCCGAAUGGCCAUGGGCAACCCUACAAAGAAUUACGGGGUGUUUGACUUCCUCUGAGCUCGCCGCCCGCAGGGGCGAGAGCCGGAGCGUGGCACGGCGUGACACCUUGGCCCAACAGAGGAGGACACGGAUCCCUGCGGGCGCUGGGUACACACGGCGCUGAAGAUGGCUCCUUUCCCUCUAGUGGAAGAUGCCCCAUCCCCUCCACAGCCCUGAGAGGGGAGCAGGACCCAGUUUCCAGCCUUUUGUGUGUUCAGUUCAAUAAAUGCAGUCACCUCGCAGCCAGUGGCAUGAAUGUUCCAGGGCUUCAGUGCCUGGGGGAGUGGAGAAGGUGAGGCCCUGGCUGGGAGGGUGCCCCUUCCUGCUACUCCCCCACUUCCCAGGCCCACAGGUGCUCAGGCUUGGGCCUGUUAAUGCUGUGUGCAGAUAGUAAGCCCUAGGCUCGAAGGUAGCCUGCUGAUGGCUACAAUCCUGGCUGUGUGCUGUCAGGUCCCUAUCUCCCACAUCUCCAGGUGCCUAAAAUUACUGAACUAUCUGCCUCCUGGUACUCCGGGCUUUGCCCCAGCCCCCCUGGCCUGGACGCUGUGGAUCUGGCUGAGUGCGAAGCUGUGGCCUCUAUUUGCCCACGUUUGCUCUGGGAGUGGUACUAAGCUCUAGCUAGGAAUGUGCCCCUGGAGUCUCGGCAGCCCCUUGUGCUCUCCUACCCCUGCACGAUCACAUACUCAUGGAGGAUGUUCGAUCCAAGAUGGCCCUAACGGAGCUGGGGGUUUCAGAUGUGCUCUUAACACUGCUGCACAGCACCGAUAUCAGGAUGCCCAGCUGGGUGCCAGGGGUGCAGGAGCUGUUAGGUCAGAUCAGAGCCAGAACUGGUUGGGGUGGGGGGGCCAGGCUGCAGGAGCCCUGUUAAUUCCAAGUUGCAUAGGAAGCCAAAUAGUAAGUUCCCAGUGUCUGCUGUCCACAAAGGCUCUGGGGCUUAGAGAACGAGCAGUGCUGCCUUCCUGCCAUCGCCAUGCUCCCCAUGUAUGUGAGCGUUGGGGGUUUGGACCAGGUCCCGUGGAGGCUGGGACACAUCUGGCUUAAGGCCUGGGCAGCAGGUCUGCUAUCGGAGUCUGCUUCUCAGGAGACACGGUUCCCUUCUGAGUAGCUUGACCACAGUCUAGGCAUGAAUGUACACCCUGGGCCUAUCUCUGGAGCACUGCAGCAGCCUCUGUUACUGCGCUUUGCUUUGCUCCAACACCUACAUUCCCGUUUUUCUUCUGAAACUUCAGAGCUCUGCUCCUCCUGCCUGGUACUGGAGAGGCGAGGAGGUGUGCCGUGGGCAGCCUACCCGGUGCACUGGACUGUAUAUGGUACAGAUGCUCAACCCCACUGCAGCCAACGCUGGGCUGUCAUGGUCUUGCGCCCUUCUGCUGCCACACAGCAGCUUCCCUUGUAGCAGCGCGAGCUCCUUUGGAUUCUCGGACUUGCGGUUUUUAUUAUUCUCAGCAGAUGAAAUGUACCUUGCUCCUGGCACCAGCUCAUCUACCACCCACCAUGCUCCAAGCUCCUGCAUCCUUGCAUCAGCUCCGCUGUUGCCCGUCACAAUGCCCUUUCUAUUGGUCUAGCCCCAAAUGUGCCCCCAGCUCAUCUACUGCUCAGCAUCCUUCUUACCCCCCGCAGGUGCCAGCUUGUCAAAUGCUCCAUGUGCCAUCCUCCUAGCCCCCUCCAUAUUUGGCACCAACUAUUUACAGUCCCUCCCCUGACCCUGUUUGCUCUCUUGCCUUCCACGCCGCCGCCCACCAACCUUCUCCUGGCUCAUACUGCCAGCCCCCAUCCUACCUUGCCUCACCAGCUCAUUACCCUGCCCAGUCUCCCAUCCCGUUUCCUCCCCUGCCAUCCUGCCUGCUGUGUUUUAUAGAAACAACACCAAUCUCCUUGUUUUUAUUUAUAAACAUAGUUUUAUUG